CUCGAUUUAAAAAACUGUUCGUGCUCUUGUUUCAGGAAAUUUUUUUGAUGCGCAGUAAUGUUCAACAAGGAUGGAUGUUCUGCAAAGUACUUGUUUUUACCCCACCACAGAAAGUUGCUUUUGUUGUAAUAAGAAUCAAGUUUCCUUGAAUCACCUUUCCUUGUUUUUGAGAAGGAAAAUAUGGAAGUUCGUGACAUGUGAAUAAUAACAUAUGGUUGACAUUAUGCGUGAUAAAAUGAUGAUUAGGUAUGAGAUUAUUUCGAGCAAAUUAUAAAUUCAAACGAGAGUGAAAGGACAUCAAGGAAAGUGUAUGUCCAGUAGUUCAUCUUUAUCUGAAACAGUUCGCAUAAGUAUGACCUGAUCACCUCAAUGUUUGGAUGUUAUCAGUAACUUUAAUGUGAUGAUUUCAGUGUUACAAAACAUUGAUAAGAUGAUUUUGAAAGUUAUAGUUUCAUAAUUUCAAUGAUAAUUUUUAUCAACCACCUGCGUUUGUUUAUAAAUUGCAGAAAAAGUUUAAUUUAUUAGCAUCCUAAUGGCUCUCCACCUGUCUGCUUUUUUAUUGUUUACCUUGUCUUUUGCUGGGAGAUAUGCUUAUGGAAAUUCUAACUUGAAUCGAGUUUGUUACUAUGCAUCUUACAAUCCUCCUCCAAAUAAAUUAAAUGCUACAUUAUGUACUCAUAUCAUUGCUGGAUUUUCCUCCGUGAAAGAUGGUGUCAUAGAUGUGGGAGGAAAUGGGAAAAUGUACACAGAGACUACUGCUUUAAAGAAACAAUAUCCACAUUUGAAAAUAUUAAUGACUGUUGGAGGAGGUGGGAAUGAUCAAGGAUUUUCAUCAGCAGUCAGUUCUCCAGGAAGUCGUUUGAAACUUAUUGCUUCCGCUUUUUCUACUUUGGGUAAAUAUGGGUUUGAUGGUCUUGACAUUGACUGGGAAUUCCCUGUUUGGAAUGAUAACCAACCUGAUGAUAAAGACAACUUUAUUCAUUUUUUAAAGGAGUUCAAGAUAUUUUCUGACUUUUUUGGUUUAAAAUUCCUGAAGAAACAACCUUUGUUGACUGUUGCUGUGGCUGCCCCCAAAACAUUUAUUGACAAAGCUUACAACAUAACUGAAAUGGCAAAGUAUGUGGAUUUCAUUAAUUUGAUGACCUAUGACUUUCAUGAUUAUUUCUGGUAUACACCUUUUACUGGACACAACAGUCCUCUGUUUAAUAGAUCUGUUGAACAAGCCUAUUUUUCAACACUGAAUACGGCUUGGUCAUCUUAUUAUUGGAAUAUGAUGGGCAUGCCAAAAUCAAAGAUCAUGGUUGGGAUACCAACAUAUGGUCACACUUAUAAACUUUUGGAUCCCAGUAUAAAUUAUGUUGACGCUCCUGCUACAGCUAUGGGCAUUUAUGGUGGAGAUAUUACCUUUACAGAGGUCUGUAAAUUUUUGGCAUCUGGUGCAAGAAGAGUGUUUGAUUCUGAAAGUGAAGUUCCAUAUGCUUUUAAAGGUUUUGACUGGAUUUCUUAUGAGGAUCAAGCAAGCAUAUUAAGAAAAGCAAAAUGGAUCAAGUCCCAAGGCUUUGGAGGUGCAAUGACAUAUGAUUUAAAUUCAGAUGAUUUUUCUCUUAUCUGUGAUAACGCAUCUUUCCCAUUACAUCGUAUCAUAUAUGAUGUUUUCACAAAUUAAUUUAUAUUAUGAGUUCAUUUUGUAAAUAUCUUAUUUUAUUAUUGUAUAUAUUUUAUAAUAAAAAUAUAUUUAUUGUUACA